AUGUUUGUCAACGUCUCAGCUUGGAGUAUCGCUUAUGGUACCACCACUGCACUCGACACUUUAUGCUCUCAAGGUUGGACGGGUGCUAAAGAUAAAACCAUCAUUGGCGUGCAUCUACAACGAGCCUAUCUUGUAUUAGCUCUCCUCUUUAUACCUAUUGCAUGUGUCUGGUGGAAUGCCACUUCAAUCAUGUUGUCAUUCGAUCAAGAUCCUGAACUAGCUGAAUUUGCAGGCUUGUUUUUAAGAUAUCUUUUACCUGGAGCACCAGCAUAUAUUGCAUUUGAAGCAACCAAACGAUACCUUCAAGCACAAGGUAUCAUGCACGCAUCGACCUAUUCUAUGCUCGUAACAGCUCCAUUGAAUUUCGUAUUGAAUUACACGUUUGUUUAUACGUUUGGCAUGGGCUUUAUAGGAGCCCCUUUAGCCACAAGUUUCAGUUAUUGGUUAAUGUUUCUGUUACUCUUAGCGUAUAUCAAAUACGUGAGAGGAUCCGAAGGCUGGGGAGGAUGGACUCGCGAAUGUUUGACAGGAUGGUGGCCAUUUCUAAAGCUGGCUUUUAGUGGGAUUAUUAUCAUCUGUGCAGAAUGGACGGCGUUUGAAGUAUCGUCAUUGGCAGCGAGUUAUCUCGGUACCACGGAUUUGGCAGCACAAAGUAUAUUAUUAACAUUGUCUUCUGCAACCUAUACGGUUCCCAUGGGGAUUUCUGUGGCCGCUACCAACCGAGUUGGCUUCUUCUUGUUGACAAGGACACGGUUAGGAUAUUUGUUUUCAUCAGAUCCAGAAGUGAUCAGGAUGGUGGCACGUGUAUUACCCAUCUGUGCGAUAUUUCAAGUGGCGGAUGGUAUUGCCAGUGUGGGAGGGGGAGUGAUACGUGGUUUAGGUCGACAAAGUGUAGCGGCGUGGAUCAAUUUGGUUGCGUACUAUUUACUGGCUUUACCGUUUGGAUUCUUUUUAACGUUCAAGAUGAAUUGGGCAUUGUCUGGAUUAUGGACUGGAUUAACAGUCGCAUUAUUCUUGGUGGCUUUUGCAGAAGUCUUGUUCUUGCUGACGAUUGACUGGUUUAGUGAAGUCAAACGAGCUCAAGCAAGAAAAGAUACCUUAAUAUUCAUGACAACAACUUUAGGUCAAAUAUCACUCCCAGAUAAGGAAAUCGAACAUGUAUUUAAUUCUCAUGAUGCACUUUCACAUUCAGAACUUGUUCAUGUAUUCGGGACGAUUAUAAAUAAAAUAUCGCAAGCACUGGAGUCUAUACAUUUGGCCACGUUUACACUAGAACAACAAGUACUACAAGAUGACUCCAACGGACAAGAUCUGGAACCGCUUGAAAAUUGCAUGCUUCGCAUGGAGCCUCUCAUCCCUGUUCUCUCUGAUCUAAGUGACAUUAUAUUGGAUAAAGGAGAUCAGCCUCAGUUACAAGAACAACAGCAACAAAUGAAAAUCACUCGUAUCCAGUCCGAAUGGUCUAGUUUACAACACUUUUUAGCCUCCGUGAAAAAGCAAUUGAUCACCAGUAAUAAUCAAAAGGAAUUGACAACAGCCGUUGAGCGACUCUUACUACAAAUUGACGAUAUAUCUACCAUGAUAUUUGACUUUCAGGAGAGAAAACAUGCAUUACCCUUUCCUACCACUUCUACCUCUUCUUCAGAUCACACGCUGGAAGAAGCAGAACCUACAAAAUGGCUACAAUCCAAUAAGGACGAUCAAUUGAUGCUGGAUAUCGAUGCUGCCUUCGAACCUCUACUGCAGUCCAUCGAACUCAUCUACCAUCGCAUUACGGAUGCCACUCCAGACUCCAACUUAAACAGACGCUUUGAAAAGGUCAAGGAAAAAUGGGAAUUAUUGCAAUAUGAACGUGACGAAUUAAAAUUCGAGCACAAGGAAGAUCGUUGGUUAGCCGUCUUUCGUCGAGUUGCUGACCAGGUCGAUGUGAUGAUUGAUGGUCUCGAUAGAUCCGUCGUUCAAUGCUAUACUCUCAUCAAUCAAACAAGAGAAUGGCAAGCCUCUCAACCCACAAGUACUUUUGACAAAUUUUCCAAAUCUUUUUUACGUUCAUUUCACCCUAAUCCAACAAACUCUUUACCACCCGUCGAUAAAGAAAAGUUCAAAUCUAUCGAAAAGAGCUUUGAAGCCAAGUACAAGUACUAUACUCCCAGCAUUGAUCGCAUGUUGGGUAUGUUAGGAAAUGGUAUUGCUGCUCGUGCUUCCAGAGAUAAUUCAACAGCGCAGCGACAUGAUUCCAUGAUACAACGAUGGAACCAUCUUAAGGAUGUGAUGGAUGAAUUACGUAUGCGAGAUCUGGUAGAAACAGAACGCAUCAUUUCUUCAACUACAUCCACUUCCUCUGCUGCUUCUUCUUCAACAAGUAGUCCGUCUUCAGAUAGUCGUCGAUCUUCACCACGUAAAAGCAAUGCUGAUCAUCAGUCUUUACUACGUGGCAGUUUAUCCGACUCUUCGUCCGUGGGCUCAUCCACUCCACCACCUCCUCAUCACCAACAACAACAACAACAAACAAGAAAUUCCGUAAGCAGACAAACCAAAACACCAAGACCGACUAGAAACGGAAGUAAUACGAUGAAACGUGAAGAUUUCUAUGAUGAAGAUGAACGAUAUUAUGGUGUGGAUCUAAUGAAAUUACAGAAUACAAGGCCACCUUCCUCCAACACAAUGCGAAGUAGUUCACGAUCGCAGAGUGUGGAAAGGCCAGUACCUAACGCCAGGUCCAAGACACCGAAUCCGCCUACGAGUCGAACGAAUCGAACACAAACAAUACGAUCCAAGAGUAGUAUGGGAGAUUUAAUGACGAACCGAGUGAUGUCGCCUACAGGGAUGAGACGAUCUGUGACGCCUUCACUGAUACCAAGGCCUAAAACGCCUAAAGAAGAAUUGCCUUCACCCAUGAUACCCCGUCCAAGGUCACAAGUACGCCAUCAUAAUAACACAACGAACAAAGCGCCACCACCUGUUCCGCCCAUACCUAAAUAUGUGAUCUCUCACGAGAAACCCUUACGAAAGAAACAAUCGAUGCCUGCAUUACGUCAUAAACCAUCGACUAUGGAAAUCUCCUUUCAUGAGGACAGUGUCUAUCACCCAGACCCAAAGGAUCCCUUGGAUGUGGAGGUGAGCCAGAUUGUCAAUGCCAGUCCUAUCUCCAUCAAAUGUCAAAAGGCACAACCGGGCCGGUAUUACUUUGGAAACGAGCUUAGUAUGUCUUCUAUGGGAGGUAAAAAAAUGUACACCUGUAAAUUAAUGACUUAUGGAGAUCGAAGAGGAGGUCAAUUUAAAAACAACAAGGUCUUGAUACGUGUGGGUGGGGGUUGGCAAGAUCUCGAGUUCUUCUUGUUAGAACAUAGUUCGCUUAUGGCAAGCGAUGUGGUGGUCAGAUCGUUUCAAUCUUCCUAA